UGCACGGGAGCGGCCCACGGAACGAGUCGCACUUAAAAGCCGAGGGAGUGGAGAGAAGAAAAAAAAAAAGCACCCGGAGCGGGUCAGUGUGUGUUGAUGCCACACUCGAGCGAGAGGUAGGAAAAGGGGGGUGGGAGGGAGACAGAGGCAGCAAUGGCAGACAUCCGGAAGAAACUAGUGGUGGUCGGGGACGGCGCGUGCGGGAAGACGUGUCUUUUGAUCGUAUUCAGCAAAGACGAGUUCCCCGAGGUGUACGUCCCGACGGUGUUUGAGACGUACGUGGCGGACAUCGAGGUGGAAAACAAGCAGGUCCAGCUCGCUUUGUGGGACACCGCCGGCCAGGAGGACUACGACCGGCUGCGCCCCCUCUCCUACCCGGACACCGACGUCAUUCUCAUGUGCUUUUCCGUGGACAGCCCGGACUCGCUGGAAAACAUCCCUGAAAAGUGGGUCCCCGAAAUCAAACAUUUUUGCCCCAACGUGCCCAUCAUACUGGUGGCCAACAAGAAGGACAUGCGCAACGACGAGAACGUGAAGAACGAGCUGUCCCGGCUGAAGCUGGAGCCCGUGAGGGCGGAGGACGGCCGCGCCAUGGCCGCGCGCAUUGGCGCAUACGACUAUCUGGAGUGCUCCGCCAAGACCAAGGAGGGGAUCUGGGAGGUAUUCGAAACGGCCACAAAGGCGUCUCUGCAGAAACGAAAAAUAGCAACGGGAAGUUGUCUCGGUUGCUGUGUUUUGAUGUGAAUUCGACGCGGUCCGCGAGAACCGUGACGCGCGCCGACGGAGACGCCUCCACCGGCCGGGAUACGCGUCCGAACAUGUGCGGGGGCAACGGCCGUGGUUUGGUUACUGUCUUUCUCGUCAGAAGACUUCGGUGGAGCCAAAAAAACGAAUGAACUGCAAAACACGUCGUUUUGAAGACACGCGAGUGAAAGUCUGAAAAAUCGGUGUUUGGGGGAGAAAGCGGGAGAGAAACGCACUGGUCGCGGGCGUGUUCUUCGCAGGUCACAUGAUGCCGGUGUGAUCGGGAUAGAGGGGUAAAAAGGACAAACUUCAAAGUCAGGAGACCCCCUAAUCACACCUGUCUAAUGUGGACACGUCCUUUUCUAAAGGCCUGCUUUUGAGCCUAUAGGCUUAAAUGGCUUGUUGUUGUUUUUUGUGUUUGCAUAGGCCACUGUCUUACUGCCAAGGUUACAGCCUACUUUGUAAUAAGCAAAUAUUGCACUCGUUUAUGUUGUAAAUACAUAUUUUUAGUUUGAAAUUGCACAGCACAAGUUCUGUUUGACGCGAAAAACAUCGCUUACGUUUACAGUUAAAGAAGUCAGGUGGAACCAAAUUACGAAAUGUUUUUGACAAUGUUUUUUUUUUUUUAUCAACAAGCUAAAUACCAUUGUGGUUCCUGGGAACGAAUAUGUGAUUACGCACGUUUUAUAGGUCAAUAUAUUGUUUCCAUUAAAUGUACAGUUUAAGUUAGCUAAGCAUGAUUCUACCACAAAUGUCCUGCUUUGCUGACGGCUACAAUGACUCAAUAGGGGAGGAUAUUCAUAAAAGUUACUUUUUGUUUAAGGAUUACACAACUACUGCAAGGGAAAAUACAUUGUAGCCUAUAAAUAGUGCAGCAAGCAAGGGAGGGGAGCUGCUUCGUCAUCACAGCUCACCAUUUCCGACAGUAUCCCACCAUGUUUCCUACCAACUAAAUCUGAUAUGAGCUGUCUCUUCAGUCUCAAAGACUCAAGACCUGUCCGUCAAUUUCCCUAUAGUUACCGCUUUGUUUACAGGUAUGAUGGCAAUAUCUCCAAGAGGAAAUGGAGCAUGUGAGAUGGUUAAGCAUGUGAGUGCUUCGCUCAGUGAAACGCUUUUUCUUUGAAAGUAUCGUGAAAAGAAGGCUGUGUGAGCCAGUAGCACACGCUCACAUGUGAUUUACUGCUAUUCCAAACUCUAAUAAUAUACUAUUUUAAAAUCAAAGUUGUUUAAUAUUUACACGAACCUAAAAAGGGGUAUUUCUUUUGACCUAAAAGACUAGAUCAAACAAUACAUGUAAAUUGCAAAAUGAUAAAAUGUUUGUUUACAGCUACAAACGUUCCAACAUAUGUAGCUCCAACUAAUUCUGUCAAAAAUAAUGUUGCUGCUUUGACGUUAACAACAGUGUUGUGUUGCUGUCGUCUUUUACACAAUGCGAGGAGUGCUGGUUCGUAUGACGGGAAUGAACAUCACUUACAGCGAGUGUUGCAAUGCCGGGAAUCCAGGUUUAAAACGUGGUUUACGAAGGGAGUUUGUUUUCUUCAAAUUUCUCUCAAAACAUGAUUUUUCUUCUGUGGCUCAUUGAAAGACUACAAGACGGAUCUGAGUUUAAAAAGAGUAAUCUUUUAUAUAUCAACUGGUUACAUUGGGGUAAAAGUCACAUUCCUCUCGGCCUGCUGUUGCUGGGCUUUUUGCUGACUUACAGGACAGGAAUGCAUUGUGCUACACUGGUUAACCCCCCCACCUCCCAUCCUCUCAUGUGCCUCUGAUUUAGGUUAUUGUUCUCUAACCAGCCUGAGCAUCUUCUUUCUUUAUUAUAACUUGAAUAAAUCUAUGAUACCAUAGAGAAGGAAAAUAAUUAAUGUGCCACGUUUGGUUGUUGAUGUAAUUGCAUAAUUUAUAGUUGAUACAGUGUUUUUUGUGAGGAAAAACAAUACAGAAUGUAAGAAAACAAACGGUACUGUUUUGGGAAAGUCAAUAAAAAUAUCUGUCACCAACUCUA